UUGACUGUGCAUUCCCUCUGUAUACUCCAUUGCAUUAUAUAUUUCCAUUGACCCGUUUUUUAUCUUCUUUCUUUAACAAACUCAUUGUUAUUUACUCUUAUUGAUUUUACACUACUUACCUUCACCUCCGAUUCCCGUUUCUAUCAUCUGCCACCUUAUAUCUUCACUGGAACUCCAUCCCCGACAUCUUCUCUCUUCAUUUCUUGCUGCGUCACCGGCGCCAUUUUCCCUGCUUGAUCUCGGCUCUCGCGCGAUCUCGGCAGAGUGGUCAUCACCUGCCGAGGGCGGGAACACGUCAUUAGGACGGUUCCUGUCAGCCAGUCAACACACGGCCUCCCGUUCAGCCCCCUCAUAACAUACAGAGCUGGUUAUUUUAGUAACUUUUUCUCUAAUUGUUGCUAUUUCUAUCUCUUAGCCUCCACUACCACCUUGUGGCAGUAAUUGGGUACUUUGUACUCAUAUAUUUUCACAGUUUUCUGUCACAAAUAAUUGUACAUUUUACUAUAUACUGUUUCUAACUUUGGAUAUUUUCAUAUCUAUUUAAUACCAUAUUAUGGAAAUGUCUGAGGAAGCCAGGGCUCUCCCUAGGGAUACUCGCCCUCAGCCUGUUAAUACUGAUAAUCCCAAUGAGAAUAUUCAGGCUCUAGUAGAAUCCUCAGUUUCACGUUCUAUACAUUCAGCUUUACAUUCAGCUGUUACUGUCUUACAAGACAGCAUAUCCAAAUCCAUUUCUAUGGCUAUAUCCCAAUCCACUACAUCUAACCCUAAAACCCCUUCAGAUAUAUUCUGGUCUCCUGAGACCUCUGUCUCCAAAAUGGCGACAGGUUUCAAUCCACAUAAAAAAGCCAAGGCUAAAAAACAUCACAUUUCUAUGACUAGUCUCCCGUCUAAAAAACACCAUAAAAAAGUCCGCCAGGACGAUGUUGAUAUUGACAAACCUACUACCAGUCAUUUAAUUUCUAUUCCUCAAUCUCAACCUACACCCUUAGCCCGUGAGGAGGAACAAAUUAUCAGGGCUCAGAAACCCGCAAAGCGGCUAAAACCUGACUCAUUUGUUGAACUUGAGUCGGAUGACUCCUCUGAUCCUCAUGAUGACCUCUCUGAUGAGAGUGUAUACCUCUCACAGGAAAGUGGUGAGAUUUUUGAAGACCCUGACAUACAGGAGGUAACUGCAGCAUCUGAACAGGAUGCGACUUAUUUUGACCCAUCACUGAUUCGUCAUCCACGAUCAGGCGAAUGGCUGCCUAAUUCUUUAGUAGCUCAAUUCAUGGCAAUUAGAAUCAAUAAAGCUCUUGAUAGGUCCACUCGCAAUAAGAUGAAGGCUGAAUGCCCACGUCCAUCUCUUCCCCACUGCUCAGCUAUAACACCAGAACUUGAUCCUAUUCUAAAUAAAUUCUUAAUGAAGACGGGUAAAAACCCAAAAAAGGGAAUCGACAGGAGUUUUAAAUCUUGUCAAGAUAAACUCCUGGAUUUACUAGGCCCUUUAUCAAAAAUUUUAGAUCUAGUAGAGGAAUCGGCCUCCUCUUCUAAACCUAUUGACAUUGAUGUACUUCGUGGUUGGGCUCAACGCGCGGUGUGUUUCCUAGGAAAUGCUAACACCGCGAUAACCACGGAACGCAAAAGAGCGGUCCUCAUGAAAAUAGAUCCCCAACUCACUAAUUUGGCAUCUAAUGAACCCCCUAACCCCACUGAGGGAAUGUUAUUUGGGGAAGAAUUUAUUCAGCAGAUGGGCAAAUAUGUGGGCAUGUUUUCGUCCAUCACCAAAGCACAAUCUUCCCUUAAAAAAGUUUUUUCAAACAGAGUUUUUACCAGGGCCGGAAAAGGCAGGAGCCGAUUUUCCGGCCGUUAUGUCCCUACCAGACAGCAGAGAGGCUCCUACCAUCAAUACCAACCCGCCCAACCAUCCUACCCAACCCAACCCCAAAAUCCCUCCCCCUUUUUCCCCUACAGAGCCCGGACCUGGCGCCCUAGAGGCCAACGUGGGAUUCCUAGAGCAAAACCUUCUACAGCGGUUUAAGAUGACAGUCCCUGAAGACCACUUCUCUGAAGUUUCUUCCAUAUUAAAGUAUCUCCUUCUACGAGUCCCAACAUUCAAGUCUCUGUUCUAGGUUAACUACCCUUCAAGUUUGACAAGUUCCUCACUUUCAAGGAAAUUUCUCUACGAACUCCAUCUCCUAGACUUCUUCCGGUUCUGGUUAUUCAGUUCUGAUUUAUUUUACUGGACAUUUUAUUCUUCGCUACAAAAGAAGAGGAAGAGCUAAUGGCAACUGUCACUAUUAUACCUUAUCCUGAUUCCUGAUUGGUUAUCAUACAUGGCAGCAUCCUAGGAUACACCAUGUCUGUUAAAGUUUUUUCUGUAUUGUCAUUACUGUUAACCCUUUUGCUGCUGAGUUAGUAAAAGAGGAUUUUAAAGCAUAAUACUCGCGUUUUGUCUUUAAUAAAAUCUAUAUUUUCCUUCACCAAGGAUAGGAAAAUCUUCAAUUGUUCUCCCAAGUCUUCGAAAGAGCAUCUGCAGAUGGUGCUGGGCAGUAACCGCGCAUAAUCGCAAUAGAUAGUCUGGGGCGUACACGUAAAGUGAUCCUCUUGGCUGUUCUUCC